AUGGCUGACUUCCAAGGCUACAUCCUCCUCUUUCUCAUAUGGCUCAUCUCCACCUUCAUGAUCCGCUCUUUUUUCAAAUCUACUCGUGCCAAACCUCAUCUGCCACCCACCCCGUUUGCGCUUCCCAUCAUCGGACAUCUCCACCUCCUUGCUCCAAUCCCUCAUCAAGCCUUCCAUAAGCUCUCUCUCCGAUACGGGCCCGUUAUUCGCCUCUUUCUCGGCUCCGUGCCUUGUAUCGUCGCUUGUUCACCAGAAACGGCGAAAGAAUUCCUUAAAACGUACGAGAAUUCGUUUCUAGAUCGGCCACAAAACUCGGCUGUGGAUUAUUUAACUUACGGUUCAAAAGAUUUCUCCUUUGCUCCUUAUGGAUCUUAUUGGAAGUUCAUGAAGAAGGUGGUUAUGUCACAGCUCUUAAAUGGUACAACACUUGACUUGCUCCUUCCAGUUAGGCAUGAGGAGAUCAACUGUUUCAUCAAACUGUUAUCCGAAAAGGCCAAGCUUGGGAAGGCAGUGGAUCUUGAUGGGGAGUUGGUGAAGCUGACGAACAAUGUUAUAUCGAGAAUGCUUAUGAGCGAAAGAUGUUCAGAGGCUGAAAACGAGGCCGGGGAGAUGAGGAAAUUGGUCACCGAGAUAGCUGAGAUCACAGGUAAGUUCAAUCUGUCGGACUACAUUUGGUUCUGUAAGAAUCUCGACUUGCAGGGAUUCGGGAAAAGGUUGAAGGAUAUUCGUACACGAUUUGAUGCAUUGAUAGAGAGGAUCAUGAAAGAGCAUGAAGAAGCAAGAAAGCAGGAGAUGGGAGAAGUUAAGGACUUGCUCCACAUUUUACUAGAUAUUGCACAAGAUGAGAGCAUGGAGAUAAAGUUGAGCAGAGAGAACAUCAAAGCCUUCAUUCUGGAUAUAUUUGCUGCAGGAACGGAUACUUCAGCGAUUACCACAGAAUGGGCUUUAGCCGAACUCAUCAACCAUCCAAACAUGAUGAAUAAAUGCGUGGAAGAAAUUGAUCAAGUUGUGGGCAAAAACAGACUUUUACAGGAAUCAGACAUACCAAACCUUCCAUACCUCCAAGCAAUCGUUAAGGAAACCCUACGACUCCACCCCACAGGCCCAAUGAUUCUAAGACAAUCAACAGAAGAAUGCACAGUGGCUGGCUACCAUAUUCCAGCAAACACUACUAUCUUCGUCAACGUGUGGGCUCUCGGUAGAGACCCAAACCAUUGGGAAAACCCACUUGAGUUCAAGCCUGAAAGAUUCGAAAAGAAGCAGUUGGAUGUUAGAGGACAGCACUUUCAUAUGUUACCAUUUGGGAGUGGGAGAAGGAUGUGUCCUGGGACUUCGCUAGCGUUGAACGUGGUGCACGCAACUCUUGGUGCUAUGAUUCAGUGUUUCGAGUGGAAGGCUGGGAAAGAUGGGAACCUUACGAGUGUUGAUAUGGAAGAAGGAGUUGGGAUCACACUUCCUAGAGCUAACCCUUUAGUUUGUGUUCCUGUGGCUCGACUUGAACCAAUCCCAUUGUCGAUGUCGAUGUCGAUGUAA